CCCUGAAAAUUUUGAAAGUCUUCUUUUAUUGUUCUUCUUCUUACCCCGUUGGUCGAUACGCGCUUAAUUACCAGAAAAUCUCAGAUCCAUAUAUAUUUUCGAAAGAUAGCCUCUUUGAUCUGAUAAUCUCACUAUGGCGGCAUAUAGAGCCGACGACGACUACGAUUACCUAUUCAAGGUUGUCUUAAUUGGAGACUCCGGUGUCGGAAAAUCCAACCUCCUUUCUCGAUUCACGCGCAAUGAGUUCAGUCUCGAGUCUAAAUCCACGAUCGGGGUCGAAUUCGCCACCCGUAGCAUCCAUGUCGAUGAUAAGAUCGUCAAAGCCCAGAUUUGGGAUACCGCCGGCCAAGAAAGAUAUCGAGCAAUCACGAGUGCGUAUUACAGAGGAGCUGUUGGAGCGUUGCUUGUGUAUGAUGUUACAAGACAUGUGACCUUUGAGAACGUUGAAAGAUGGUUGAAAGAGCUUCGAGAUCACACAGAUUCUAACAUUGUGAUCAUGUUCGUCGGGAACAAAGCGGAUCUUCGUCACCUACGAGCUGUUUCUACCGAAGACGCUAAGGCUUUUGCGGAGAGGGAGAACACUUUCUUCAUGGAGACAUCCGCUCUCGAAUCGAUGAACGUCGAGAAUGCUUUCACCGAAGUGCUUUCACAGAUUUACCGUGUCGUUAGCCGGAAAGCGUUGGAUAUAGGAGAUGACCCUGCUGCUCUUCCCAAAGGACAGACCAUCAAUGUUGGGUCCAAAGACGAUGUCUCUGCGGUUAAGAAGGUUGGUUGCUGCUCCAAUUGAUGGUGCGCCUACACUACAGUCAGAAAUCGGUCUAUUCGAUCUUGUUUGUUUAUUCUUGUUGUUAUAUAUGAAGAUCUUGUUGAUUUAUUUGUAUAAUCUUACACCUAAAAGUAUAUUGAAUUCCACUGCCUUUCCA